UUCAGGUAUUUUGGAUGUCUGAUUUUCCAGGCAGCAUAACCAUUAACAAUGAAAAAGCUGGUAUUGGAAAAAUCUUUGCAUUUAGUUCGAUGCACUGUGGCUUGCAGAGGAAUAAGCCUCCACUUUGACUGCUCUGAGCACUUAAGAAGCGAUAUUCGACUAGAAUCAAAUUCCUUGAAACAAACAAGAUUAGCUCGGCCGUUCAACUUCACCAUCUUGAACCAACGUAGACAAAAUUUAUCGUCAAUUUCCCACCCUAAAACCGAAGCAAGUGAUAGAAGAGAAGAUCACGGCCCGCUUCCUAAAUAUCUAAGUUUGACUGAAGAAGAAAAUGAGAUCAAAUUUGACCCCAGACAGAAAAUAGUUGCUGAAAAACUUCAGAAUUUGUUUGAAAAACUAAAAGAGGAGCAGCAAGAGAUAUCAACAGCUGUGAUUGUUGAUCCAACAGAGCAAGAAUCAUUGUACACUCAAAUUUUUGGCACAAAAGAUGGGCGGAGCGCAAAGAGGCUGAAAGGGUUCUACAUCCAUGGAUCAGUAGGGUGUGGUAAGACCAUGUUGAUGGAUUUAUUCUACGACUGCUGUCCAAUCAGGAACAAGCUCAGAAUCCACUUUCACGAAUUCAUGGCAGACGUACACAGGAGGAUCCACAUAGCCAAGCAGGACCACCUUAAUCAAGUGACCUCAACUAGAAAAGGCAGGAUCAGUUUAUUCACGCAGAGUGGCAUUGAUGAGGCCUUCGACCCCAUCCCCCCAGUUGCAGAUGCAAUAAUUGAGCAGUACAGAGUGAUAUGCUUCGACGAGUUCCAGGUGACGGACAUCGCGGAUGCUAUGAUUCUGAGAAGUCUGUUUACCAACCUGUUCCAGAGAGGACUCAUAGUCGUCGCAACAUCCAACAGGGCACCCAAAGAUCUGUACAAGAAUGGGCUGCAGAGAGCUAACUUUGUGCCUUUCAUUGCGCAGCUGAAAUCAUAUUGCCAAGAAAUCUGCUUGGACUCUGAUACAGAUUAUAGACUGCAAGGAAAACCAAAGCAGACAUUCUUCAUAGGCAAAGGGAAGGACACCGACCUUAUACUAGACAAGUACUUCAAUUCUUUCGUGAAUGCGCACAUCAGAAAAGGUGCCAGUUUGUCUAUCAGUUUCGAUGAUUAUUAUGACGAAGACGCCGAAGAGUCCCCGGAGGCCUCUAGUCUAGCAGUGCCCUACACUCUGAGGAUUCUGAAGCGGGAGGUGGUCUUUGAGAAAACGUUCGAUGGAGUCCUAGACUGCACUUUCAAUGACUUGUGCGCAAAGCCGCUGGGAGCUGCUGACUAUCUGGCCCUGUGCAAACAGUUUCACACUGUAAUUCUGAGAAACAUCCCUUUGCUCACUGCAUUCAAGAAGACCGAAGCCAGACGCUUCAUUACACUCAUAGAUGCCUUCUACGAUACCAAGGUGCGACUUAUUUCAUCUGGCAGCGGGACAGUGGAAGAAAUAUUUGCCGGAUGUAUGUCAUCAGAUCAAUCAGACCUGGACAUGACAAGACUGGAGACUCUCGACUCCAUACAUACACAGCCUGGAGAGAAAAUAGAGAACACCAGUAUAUUCACAGGCGAAGACGAAAAGUUCGCCUCUCAGAGAACUCUCUCUAGACUUCUUCAAAUGCAAACCGAAGAGUAUUGGAACACUUGUUCAGAACACAGAACAGUUUAAUGCUUUUUAAUUAUUAGAGCACUCUUAAAUUGAAGCUAAGUCUAUCUUCUAAUACUGCAGACUAACAUUUUAAUGGAUAAUUUAUGAUUUCGAAAAA